AUGGAUCGAAGAGAAUUAGAAAUAUUAAAGACUAAUCGAGGUAACUUAAUUUCAUUAAAUGGAUAUCUAUCAACAAGUCGUUCACCAGAUGUAGCGUUAAAAUUUGCUGAAACACCAACAAUGCAAGCAAAUCUGUGCUCUGUAUUCUAUGAGAUUGAAUGUAACAAACAAAAUGUUAAAUCAGCAAUUUUUGCUGACAUUACACAACAAAGUCAAUAUGCUGGAGAAGAAGAGAUUCUCUUUGAUAUUGGAAGUACAUUUCGCAUCGUAUCCAUUAAUGAAAAUCCAGCAACAAGACUAUGGACAGUUAAACUGAGUGCAACUGACGCAGGAGCACAAGAAGCUCGAGAAUAUAUUGAAUUUAAUAGAAAAUCGAAUGAAGAAACAAGUAUGACAAUUCUCUUUGGAAUUCUGCUCGCAGAAAUGGGCAAAUAUGAUCAAUCAAGAAAAUAUUUCGAAAACUUAUUAGCUAAUCAAAAAAUAGAAUUAGAUAUAGCACGUGUCUACAAUGGUAUUGGUACAGCCUAUCUUCACAAAAGUGAGUUGGAUGAAGCCUAUUCGAAUUUUCAACGUUCGUAUACAAUGAUGAUGAGCGCUAAUCCUCCAAGAGAGAAGGACGCCACACGACCACUAUCAAAUAUGGGUCUUGUUCUACUUCGACGAGAAAAAUAUAAUAAAGCGCUGGAAUAUCUUACAAGAGCAUUAUUUACAAGAAAUGAAUUCUACGGAGAAAAUCAUUUAGAAACCGCUAAAACACUAAAUAACCUCGGGAAUGCAUAUUAUCAAAAACAAGACUAUAAGUUGGCACUAAUCUACUAUGAAAAAUCACUGGCAAUACAACAGAGAGAAUUUUCUCGCGAUCAUCUAGAUACAGCGAAAUGUUUGAAUAAUAUUGCUCUUAUUCACUGGAAAAUGCAGGAGUUUGAUACGGCCCUUGAAUAUCAUCAGCACGCAUUAGAUAUGAGAAGAAAGUUACUUCCACCUGAACAUAAUGAACUCGUCCAAAGUCUCAUGAAUAUUGGAAGUGUUUACCGUGAUAUGCACAAAUUAAAGACUGCUCUAUCUUAUCUAACACAAGCCACAAAAAUGCAAGAAAAAAUAUUUGGAAGAACCAAUGAAACUUUAGAAUUUCAAAAUACUCUGAUUCAAAUUGCUGCGCUUGAGGAACGCUUAGGUGAGCGUACAACGAAUUACGCUAAAAACGAUAUGGGUGCAGCCACUUGCAAUCUGCAAUCCACGCCACAAAAUUCAAACUCAUCAACAAGAAGAGACCAAAACAACUCAGCUUUAGCUGAUACUCUUACACAAAAUUUACAGCAACACACAACUCCUUACGCUAUCGAGAACUGUGCUGGACCCCCUUACAACAGGCAAUCCACGCCACAAAAUUCAAACUCAUCAGCAAGAAGAGACCAAAACAACUCAGCUUCAGCUGAUACUCUUAUACAAAAUUUACAGCAACGUACAACUCCUUACGCACAGUAUUCAGAUGGGAAGCCGAUGCAGAACUCAGGAAGUUAA